AUGGCCCUUCGCGUGGACCUGUCGACCCAGGCCUGCGAUAUCUGCAGAAAGCGCAAGGUCAAAUGCCACCCGCCUCCGUCAUCCUCUGAGGCGACAGCCAGAUGUGGCCGAUGCGCCCGGCUGAACCUGCCCUGCACCUUCCUGUCCCCCUCCCGGACGCGAGGCCCGAAGAAACGGAAGCGUAUGCGUGCGGCCCCAGGGGUAUCUUCUCCCGUGCCUGCAGACAAUAGGGAUUCGGAGGCCAUCAAAUAUCCCACCGAUGAUCUAUGCGACCGGGGGCUCUUUACCCUCAUCAUGCAGGACUACCUGGACUAUCUGUAUCCCCUGAUCCCCAUCGUGCACCGACCCUCUUUUAACCAGUCCUUGCAAGAAAGCCGUGACUGCGAGGACGGCGGAUUCCUCAGCCUAGUCACGGCUAUCGCCGCGGUGGUCAUCGCAACCAUGCCCAGCAGAUUCCAGCUCUAUCAAUCCUAUCAUCCACCCCUGCGAUUUCCAUCGCGGAAGGAAAUGGUCCGGUACUGCUAUGACAAGAUCAUGCGGCUAAGGGACUCGACCUACUUCGAUCAGGUCAACUUUCAGAAAUUUGCCAUCUCCUACCUGCUGUACGCCGCCUUCCGCCAGUGGGGGGAUCACAAUAUGUCCCGCAUGCUGGAUGUUGAAGCAACACAGAUCGCUCGUCUGUUGAACCUGCACCGGAUUUCUGAGUACGAUGGCCUCAACUGCAUCGAGACUCAGCUGCGGAAAAAGGGCUUCUGGCUGAUGUUCUAUGGCUUUGUCCACAACCAACUACAAAAUGUCUUAGGAGAGCGAUUGUGGUACCUGGAUCCCAUCCUGCUCCAUUCCAUCAAUCCAGAAGAUCUGAUGCCCCUCGAGGUGGAUGACGAAAUGAUCUUUGAGGAUCAAGUGCUCCUGCCACCGUCCCCAGUCCCUUGCCUGGUGACGGGCUUCAUCCUCCAUUCACGCGUUUUUUGGGCUGCGGUCCGGAGUCCGUGCCCGGAGCCAUCGGCCGAGCCGUGCCCUUGUGUAAGGGCCCGCAAUCCAACUCUGCAAGUUGCCUACCUCCAGGGCCGUCUUCAUAGCCUGCGGUUCUUACUGGAGGAUAUCCCACCUCCUCUACGGGCAUGGCAGCCCCUAGAUGCGGAAAUGGCCACCCAUGGAGAUGGAAGUGGCUGUGGGGCAGACGUACAAUCACACUUCGCUUCGAUGCGAGCGAAUCUGCAUGUCACGCAUCUGUGGCUACAGAGUCUGCUAAUCGAUCAACUCGAGACAGCCCAGGCGCACGAACAGAUGCAGUCAUCGGUAUCAAUGCCCCCCCCACAGGCCACUGCAGAUGCCAAGGCCCUGUGGCUUCAGCGGGAGGACCUCUGCCGUCAGCUUUUCUAUAUACUCUACAGCCUUCCGCAGAUUAAUCUGGAAGCGAAUGGUCUACAUCUGGCACAUAAAGUGCGCGAUAUUGCGGCGAGUCUUCUGGUGUGCCCGUUUCACCCAGCGGACCCCGAAGCGAAACGAGCGGCAGAGUAUCUCCGACAAUCGACCGACAUCUUGUCCCGUCUGGACAGCAGCGAAGGCAUGGUGACCAUACAUCUACAAACCUGGGUCGACACGGACCGUGUCAAGAGGUAAUGGAUGAUGUGAUGCAUCCCAUGGUGACUCCUUAUUUCAGAGACCCGACCAGAAGGUCGUUUCAUCCAACUCCACAGCACUUUCUAGAAACACUCCCCGGCUACUGGUUCCCACCAUAAUACGAUACAUGCCGCGAUGACUGCACCAGCUACUGCUCUUCUCAUCCCAAAAGCUUGUGGCGCGGAUCAGAUCGAGUGGAAUUGUCACGGCCUCUUCUGCUGCGGAUUCCAACCAAACCUUUCGGAACUCCUUUAACUCCUUGGUUGGGCGCUUGACGG